UUGUCUUCCUCUCUGACGCCGCGUGUUACAGGUUUCGCGUUGUUUUGUGGUGAGUUGUAAGUUACAUUUCACGCUUUUUAAUGUCAAACGUCACUUAAAUAGACGAAGUAAUCCGUGACUAUGUGCAGAAUGUCUCACAUUAGACCAUCUAGAUGUUUGAAUUUGAAGGCUUUAUAUUACUUAAGUUAACACUAACAUGUCGAGUAGACACGUGCCUGACAUGCUGUUUAACGCACGGUGUCCUGCCAAGCACACUAGCCAGGUCAUUUAAUUCUAGGCGUGGAUGGCCCUAUCAACUACAAUGUCUGGGCCUGGAAUAAUUUAAUCUUUUUUUUUUAUAGAAACUUUUGACUCUUGGUCAUUUCUUUUUUUUAAUAAAAAAAAAAGUUUAGUACUCAAGGCAGGGAAAGUGGUCAAGAUGUCCGGAAAUCUAGAUGUCCUUCAAAUGAAGGAGGAUGAUGUGCUGAAGUUCUUGGCAGCAGGAACCCAUCUGGGAGGAACUAACAUGGACUUUCAGAUGGAACACUACACAUACAAGAGGAAGAGUGAUGGUGUGUACAUCAUCAACCUGAGGAGGACCUGGGAGAAGCUACUGCUGGCAGCCCGUGCCAUUGUUGCCAUCGAGAACCCAGCUGACGUCUGCGUCAUCUCCUCCAGGAACACUGGACAGAGAGCUGUGCUGAAGUUUGCCUCGGCCACUGGUGCCACCACCUUCCACGGUCGUUUCACCCCCGGAACCUUCACCAAUCAGAUCCAGGCUGCCUUCAGGGAGCCCCGCCUCCUAAUUGUAACGGACCCUCGUGCUGACCACCAGCCCCUGACUGAAGCCUCUUACGUCAACAUCCCCACCAUUGCCCUGUGCAACACUGACUCCCCACUCAGAUAUGUCGACAUCGCCAUCCCCUGCAACAACAAGGGUAACCACUCUGUGGGUCUGAUGUGGUGGAUGCUGUCCAGGGAGGUGCUGAGGAUGAGGGGCACCAUCUCCAGGGAGCACCCCUGGGAGGUCAUGCCUGAUCUCUAUUUCUACAGGGACCCUGAGGAGCCUGCCACUCAUUGUUUCCCUGGCAGAUUGAGAAGGAGGAACAGGCUGAGGCUGAGAGAGCUGUUGGAAAGGAGGAGUUCCAGGGAGAGUGGACCGCUCCAGCAGCUGAGUUCACCCAGCCUGAGGUGGUUGACUGGUCUGAGGGAAUGGCUGUGCCCUCUGUCCCCAUCCAGCAGUUCUCUGCGGCUGCUGCUCCUGCCAAGCCAGCUGCUGAGGGGUUCACUGAGGACUGGAGUGCCCAGCCAGCCACUGAGGAUUGGUCAGCUACCCCUACUGCCCAGGACUCUGAAUGGGGUGGGGAGACUGCUGCUUGGUCCUAAGUAAUGGUGGCCUGAUGUUUGACAGUACAAUAAGUAGCUUUUUUGUUGUACAAACUGACCCCUGACAAUUUAAACACUACAGUGUAGUAGGCAAAUGACCUUAACGGCAGUACUACAUGAAUAUUAACAACUGUUUUAUGCUUACAUUUCACAUUGAAAGAACUUAAUAACAUUUAAUUAGACUGUUGCCUUAUGUUGAGCCUUCUUAAUGCUGACAAAAGGGGUAAAGCUCUAAUUACACUGUUGGGUGAUUCUGCCCUGCAAGCUUUCAGAAAUAAACUUACUGAAACACCA